GAACUUAGCUUGAAAUACUUUUCUCAAGUAAGAUAGUUCAUAAAAUAGGUCCUCCGUAUAUUGAUAAAACUACGUUUAUCAUAUCGUAUUUAUUAUUGCACAAUCAGACACCAACAUCCUAGUCAACUGGCCGAAAUGGUUAAUGUUCCAAAAGCAAGACGUACUUUCUGUAAAAGUAAGGGAUGUAGAAAGCACACCUUACACAAGGUUACCCAAUACAAAAAGGGUAAAGCGUCUUUAUAUGCGGCAGGAAAAAGAAGAUAUGACAGAAAGCAGAGUGGUUAUGGCGGUCAAACAAAACCUGUAUUUCGCAAAAAGGCAAAAACUACAAAGAAAGUUGUGCUGAGAAUGGAAUGCUCAGAAUGUAAAUCAAAGAAACAGAUUUCACUCAAAAGAUGCAAACAUUUUGAACUAGGUGGUGAUAAGAAGCGGAAGGGACAGAUGAUAAUGUUUUAAAUCACAGAGGAAAAUUGUUGGGAAUAAAUAAACUUGGAUUAAAUAAAGAAAUUGAUCUUACAUAUUAUACUUGUUUCUGUAAAAGAU